AUAUGCAGAUGCAUGCGUAUCAUUUCCCAUGAUAGAUGCAACAACUGCUGAUGCCACAGCUUUGUACGCUACACGCCUCUGUUUAAUAGGAGUAUAAAAAGUGACGACUUUGUCACCGACAGACAGAGUUCUCAAAAGACGAAACAUACUACUGAAGGCGAAUUAACACAGCAAUCGGUUUCAUAAAUAUCUCAAUAAACUUUGACAUUGUCUGGCCGGUUAUUACAGAAAGAUGAAAACAAGACUCGAUGCAAGAGUGUUCACGAUGUUUUAUUUUCUCGUAGUAGGGACCACAGUCAAAGAUGUGUCAUCUAUGAAUGAAUCAGGGUUUAACAAGAAGGACCCUCCAAAUGGAGAAGUUGAUAUGUAUUUGAAUAUCUCAAAAAUUGAACUGAACAGUACAUUGGAAGGCAUAACCAACAACAGUGACGCGACAAUUGAAACUAGCAACAGUGACAUGCAAGCUAAUGGUAGCCGCAGUGACACAACAACUGUAGAAACAAUCCGUAAACCAGAUGGAGCGCAAAAUAUUACAACGAUAACUGAUAUGAUGAAUGGAAAUGAAGACAUGACAAAAGAAGUAGAUGACACCGUCACUGUUAAUGUAAGCACGUCUGUCAAACCAAUCAAAAUGUUUAUAUUGGAAUACGGAUAUUUUAUGAAUUUGUUAACAAAACUUGCGAAAUUAGGCAUCAUUAAGUUCUAUACUUUUAAAAUUGAUAAUGAUACUAUAGAUACAGUAACUAAUGAAACAAAAAUCAUCAUAAAAUGGUCUGAGUAUGCUGAACUGGUAAGAACAUUGGUUUUUAACACUCAGAAUGCUAAGUGUACACCGCCAGUUGGUGAUCCAGUUACGGGCCUCAAACUACCGUUCGCAGAUCACGCCCGUGUAAUGCAGAUUUACGUCGCGGCUUUUAUCUGUGCCAUCGGUGCGGUUAGUAACAUUCUCGCAUACAUCGUACUCUCUCGACAGAAACAGAAUACCAGCGUGUUCACAAUGCGUUGCCUCGCUGUAAAUGAUUGCAUCUAUCUCAUUUGGAAUGGAAUAAGUGAAGUGUUAUACUGGAUAUAUGGACACACAUAUUGGAUGGAUAAGUCCGUAGGAGCGAUGUCGCAUAACAUCAGCUUUGCAUAUCCGUAUGUAUCUACAAUAGGGUAUAUGCUACAGAUGACAAGCGUCUGGCUAGUAGUUCUGGUGACCGUUGACCGUUUUGUAGCUGUUUGCUUUCCUCUGAGGGCAGUGUCAUUAUGUACAAUAUUUCGAGCAAGGGUUCUCUGUCUUUCUGUUUUCAUCAUGUCUAUCGUUUACCAUAUUCCCAUGUUCUUUGAGUGGAAGAUGGCCUGGGCGAGGAAUAUGUGCAGCAGGAAAUUCGAAUACGUAUUAAGCUUCACGGACACUGGAGAGAACUUCUAUUAUCAGUUGAUUUACGGAUUCAUUUUGAAUCUCAUGUUUAAGAAUGUCGUACCGAUAUUGAUCGUCUUCAUACUGAAUAUAAUGUUGAUUCGGGAUCUCUACCGAGCGAAGAGAGCGCGAGUGGAGAUUCAGAUUGGGGCUAACACACAUUCGAGACAAGAGAGGGACAUUACGAUGACUCUUCUUUCAGUCUCUACGAUUCUUAUUAUUUGUCUGAUUCCAAGACUAGCACUGAAAGGCAUGCGAUUGGUGCUCUGGAUUCCAAAGACAAACGAAGAGAAAAUUGCCCAAUUUUGGUCCUUGGAGGCAUACGAUAACUACUAUUGGAGUUCGAACUACCUCUUCAUAGCUUCUGUGUUUUCAAUGAGGGCAAAUUCUGCCGUCAACUUUUUCAUCUAUUGUAUCGUUCGUAAGGGUUUUUUGAAAGAAUUGCGAGUUAUUUUUACCUGUAAUAAAAAGAAGACGAGUAAAGCUCAAAGCGACAAAAGUUCACGACUCGGCGCACAGGGGCAAGGAACCAAGGAGUCUAGAGGGGAAAUGAGAAAGGGUGAACAAUAUAUCCAACCGGGUGGACUGGUAAAUGUUAGCGUCUUAUCUACAGAUGAAUCCAGCAAUUACAACGUUAGACCAAAGUGA